AUGUCCAUCUUUGACACUUUAACUUCAGGAUCCUAUGUAUUGUCCAAAAGGCCCAACUGUGCCACUCUCCCAUCCACGGCAUGCAUUCGCUACCUAUCAGAUGUCUCUAACUACACUGCCCUACAAUCACACGCUCCCAGGCCCAUUAUAUACGGAUGUACCUCAAACUACCGGUGGCGCCAUGGCUGCGUUCCAUUUCGCAUUCUUCAUGAGUCCUGCGCAAGGUUCAAGGAAGUUAAGGCCUCUCCAGCUGAAACUUCCCCGUCCCCAGCAGAGAAUAGAGUCCCAGUCCCCACUGCCACAUCCUCGCAGGCUGCCCCUACUCCAAACUCCCCAGACUGAGUGGUAGCGCCUAAAUCAAUUGGGCAGAGAGUAGCGGACGAACUAAAGCACUACUAUCAUGGAUGUCGGUUGCUCGGGAUUGACACGAACAUCGCAAGGGGGAUGGUGUGGAGGUUACUACACGGCCAACCACUCACGAGGAGAGAGCGCAGAAGGGUAAAGCAACUUAAUCCACAGUGGUUGGUUCUUCACCUGAAGGAGAAUGUUCCUCCAUCUCUCCUGCUGCUGUCCCAUGCCAUGUACCAUACCGACCUCACACCCAAGUCCCCUGUCAUCCUCCCCAUCGUCAAACUGGAGCAAGUCGCCGCCCCCUCUCCCGCAGAGAUCAAGGCCCCUGUCAAAGACAAGCCCAUGUCUGCGUCACUAGAAGUCCUGGUGGACUCUGCCCCCAUUAUCAUGGACAGGAAGGCAAAAGGUGCUGAGUUGGCUGCCAAGGCCUACUCUACUGGGUCCCACACUCACUAG